CUCUUGGAUCUGGAGCUCAGGUGCCUGAAAAGAGGUCCCCCCAUUCUUGCUCAGACUCUAGGCCUGUGAUGGAAUCUGACUUGACUGUAGAAGAAUCUGAGACGAUAAAGACCAGGAGCAGGCGGCCACUCUCAGAGCAUCGUCGCAACUCCCUAUUGCCCCUUCAAUGGAAAUUGGCACACAGCUCCCGCUGGAUGGCCCAGGUGGUGGCCUCCGAGUUCAGCCUGCUGGCCUUCCUCCUGCUCCUGCUCAUGGUCUUCUCCAAGAAAUGGUUGUAUCCUUCUAAGAGUCGUUUCCAUCAGCGCUACCCCCAAAACAUCACCAAGAGAGUCUACACCUCCAUCCACAGUAUGUCCACAGGACUCCUGUACAUCUGCAUAUCUAAAAGCUGCCUCAGCUCAGACAAUGAGGAAGACAAUUUUAAGAUGUGGACAAUCCAUCCAGCUUUUGGGGUGGCUAAGAUAAGUUUCAUCCUGGCCGUAGGGCUGGGUUUUGUCCUCACCGUGUGGCUUCAUCUGCCGUACCUGCCCUGUCUGCAGAGAAUGCCUUUCUUUGGCUUGAUUGGGAUCAUCCUGAGCUUCUGUGAAGUCACCUUAAUUUUCCUCACCCUCCUGUUGUUCCCUGUUAACCUCUGGAUCUACGAGCUGAAGAAGAAUAUAUCUGUUCCCAUCGGCUGGAGCUAUUUCAUUGGUUGGCUGGUGCUCAUUCUGUAUUUAACUUGUGGGAUCCUUUGUUACCUCAACCAUAAAAACUUCUGGAGCCUGAUUAUGAGCAGCUCCUCCAUCAACACUACUUGCAGCAGCUCAGUGCCAGUGUCUCUGAUGAAUACCUCACAGAUCUCCAACAGCCAGGCGGACAUCCUGGAUCCUACUCAGGACAACCAAAAGCCAUUAAGUUCAGAUAACAUCGCCUUACCACCCAACCAGACACCACUGACUAGGUCUACACUCAUCAUAACAAAGGACAAGUAGAGGAGGAUUUGGGGACCAGCUUUGCUCUCCUCUGCCUCAGCAUGGCCUUGUCUGUGGCUCAGGUGAUGUGGAAUAAAUUGCCCGUGUCUUCAUCCUGUCUGACGGUUGUCGAGGAGAACUAGAGGAGGGAGAGUAAGGGAGAAAAAAACAAAACUCGCUGUGUUUGUUUCCCAGUUCUUCGUGCCUAUGAACUUUUUGGAUCCCGUUUGUCCCAGCAUCCUCUGCUAUAGCGCGCCUGUGCAUACACAAGAGGGACUCCAUGGUGCAGACACUUACCUGUCAUUCACGAGAAUUUGGGUUUGCACUGAAAACCGAAAAACAAAAGUAAAUCUAGUCAGGCUCUGGUGGCACAUACCUAUAAUGCCAGGAGGCUGAGGCAGGAGGAUGGCCAGCCUGAGAGCUCUGUGAGACUAUGUCCUCAGAAACAAAAAUAAAAUAUAACCAGC